UUCCGUAGAAGUGGAAGGGUGCCUAAGAAGUAUUGGGACAUUCCAUGUCCGUCUACGCGGGGGUGAAAGCGGCUAUAGUCAACAUUACGGGUGCUGUUCUUACCCAUUACUACCAUGCCUACCCUGGAACCUGAGCAGCUGUCCAUCAGGGAAAUGAGAGAGGAUGAAGCAUCAAUUGUUUUGGAGCUUCUGAAGGACGGAUUCAAGGACACGGACAACCGUCUGAUCUUGUAUGUGCUGACACGGCCAUUGGCGCUGCUCUUGAUGGCCGUGGGGAGCAGCGGCCUGCGCUUCUUCCUGAACUCUUUCGUGGUGGCGCUCGUGGUGCCCGUGCUGCUCACGGUCGUGGCUCUGAAACUCCUGCUGUGGCGCUCGCCAGACCUGAGGCAACUCUAUGCCUACUACAAUGCUGGUCGGCGUGGGCUCUGGGUGGCUGUGUAUGACGAGGACGACAUCUGUGGCUGUGUGGCUCUGGAACCCCGGGACGGGGAGCCCCACACGGCGGAGCUCAAACGCUUAGCUGUCAAUCGCUGGUACCGGCGCUCUGGCGUGGGCCGCCGCCUCCUCCGGUUCUUAGAAGCUCAGGCUCGUGCUCAGGGCUUCAAAUGCCUGGUGGCCCAGGUCUCAGUCGUCACCAAGGCGGCCAUUGGGCUCUUUGAAAGCAGUGGCUACAGUGUGAGCAGUGGGCGCCAGUGGUUGGGCUACACUGUCCAGCAGGUGUUCAGCAAGGAGCUGUAGCCUCCACGCUUACGAAUUAAGUGUCCGAGCUGCUCCAGGGACCCCGACAGGGAUCGCACGUGGCCUCGAUUUGGGGGGGAAGCACAAAGCUCCCCAGACAGGCUGUGCUGAGCGAGCCAUCCUGAGCCUCAAACAUGGUAGUUCUGCUCUGCUAGGAGGCCUUUCUCCGCCUGGGAUGUGACGAUGCUGCACGCAAUCAAACGUCACUCUGGGUAAAAGGCUGUUGUUUGAGCCCAUUCCCCAUCCUUGCACGUCAGCCCCCCUUUUUCACCGAGGGGUUCCAAGAAAAGCCAUCUCAGAUAUCUCUCCCUCAUUUUGGGGGAACUGGAAUGAGCACCACCUGUAACCCUGUCUCCUGUCUCAGACCAGGGCUGUGUAUAGUCUACUGCGCACAUCCAGUUUUUUUGCACCAGGACAACCUCACGUCCUGUGAUCUGAGUCACUCAUGCAAAUCGAACUCAUUGUUUUGCAAAAUUUAUUCUCAUUCUGCUACUCAGAAGGAAGGCAUUAUGAGCACUGAAACCUAACCUGCAAGUCACUUCACAACACACUAGCAACAGUCUUCCUACGGUCCCAAGAAGCACACUCCCACUACCCACCCAC